UACACAUUUACAUCUUUAAUCCAACAGAACAGCAGCACGACGACGGCAAGAGGAACGCGACUGCAAUUUUUGCGUUUAUGCAAAAGAGAUCCUUUUGUGUGGCCCUCUGCAACCCGUUUUUCCCGGGGUAGUCUUGUUACGCUUAAGAUUGGGGCGAAUUCGCGUGUUUUCUUGUGUAAAAUAAGUGAUCCAGUUGGUGAAAAUAAAUUGGAGAAGAGCGAAAUCAAAUCGAUUGUGCAAAAGAAGCACUCUGGUUGGCUCUAGUGGACAAUCGUGUGUAGAAAUAUUGAAACCGAAAGCAUUUGUGGGAAAGUAAUGGCCGAUCAGACCGAGCUACGUAUGAACUUAGUUGCCAUUCAGCGCUCUGAUCCCUACGCGAAGGACAUUGUCAACUCAUCUGCCCACGUCGCAUUUUACACAUUCAACACCGAAAACGAGUGGGAAAAAACGGACAUCGAAGGUGCGCUGUUCAUCUACCGAAGAAGUGCAGAACCGUAUCAUAGCAUCUUUAUCAACAACCGACUGAACACCAACUCUCUGGUCGAACCUUUAAACGGUCAAAUCGAACUUCAGGUUCAACCACCGUUUCUAUUGUACCGUAACGAAAGGUCGCGUAUCCGGGGGUUCUGGUUCUACAAUAAAUCCGAGUGUGAGCGGAUCAGAAAAAUCAUCGACAACAUAGUUGCCGACUGUAAGAAGAACGAGAAGCCGAAACGACCUAACACUACGGAGAUGCACGGCCAGAAGCAACAGCCACUGCAACCCCAGCAGCCAUCCAAUGGAACCGUAAUCGGUGGAGGUACCAACGUCGAUAUUUUCAGCAUGCUUACCAAGGCGCAGGAAGAUUUCAACAACAGCACUGGGAAGCAGCAAUUACCAGUAAUCCCGCAGCAGCAGCAGCACCAACCUCCGCCAGUAAUAAAUCAACCGGUUGUUCCUCCUAAACAGGAGAUGCCGGUUCUGCUCAAUCGGAAUCCUUCAACGGCAAUCAACAUAGUGGCCGAUCAAGGAACACCGCAGAGUGUGGUUAACUUCUUUGCUGCUGCCAAACAACCGGCCGCAUCCGAAGUGCCACUAUUCCAAACUCUCAUGACCAAUCCGGUACAUACACUCGAGCAGAUUGAAAAGCAGCACCGAGCCACGACCCCGCAGAAAGAAGGAGUUCCAGGAACGGGUAAAAAGACACCCGAAGUGAUCGAUCUGGAGCAUAACUUCAAAAUGAUGGGUAUUCCAGUGAGCACUGGCCCUGCACCAGAACUGGGUACAUCACCACUGGCAACGUUUCUAAGUUCCACUAAUUUGGCAGCGGUGCGAAGUAACGCGCAACCAAUUCCAAAAACAAAACCAAUUGAAAUCAGCGAACUGGAAUUGCGUCAUCAGCAACAACAACCGUUACAUGAGCUGUUGAAAAAGUCCGAGUCCUUGAAUAAUUCGGCUGGUUCAACAUUGAACCCAACCACACCCAGCAGUGGCAAACCAGCAUUGAUGCCACCGACUAUGUUCACUCCAACAACUGCUGGGUCGGCCUCCAAGGGGCUCAACGAUUUGUUCGCCAACGCAGCUAUCAAGAAAGACAACGCCAACGGUAGCAACAACACUUCUAUAUCCGGCUUGCUGUCAAAAGCCAACAGCUUAAAUGCCAACAACAACAACCAUCAACCGCCGCCCGGAUUCUUCCCGAUGGGUGGUUUGGCCCCAGUCGAGCCAUUAACCCAGGCUCAGCUCAUUCAGGCGAUCAGCUAUCUAGUGAAACAUGAUCCCGACUUUGUGCGAAAGCUGCACGAGGCGUACCUGAAAUCGUUUCAGGAAAUGAUGGCGAUAUAAGUCGUGUUGUAGCAAAAGUGCAGAGCAAAAAUUGAUGUGUUUACUAGAAAAUGUAAAACGUAACUCUACAGUGUUUUGGAAGAAAUAUUUGUUCAAGUAGAAGGCGCUUCAAAAGCAUACCAUUCACACCGAUUCGUCCUUUCCCGCAGGAUCAUAUUAAAGUCACCAGCAAGAUGUUGCUUUUUUAACGCUGAGAUCGCCGAAACAGCAACAAUUGAAAUCCUUUACUAUUUUUUAUGUCUUAACUCGUAAUGGUAAUACUUUUAGUUUUGUUAUUCCGUGACUGGUACGCCCAAAAUCUUCCUUAUGUUAUGUAUUACAAUACACGUUGCUCUAAGUGAAAG